CGCAGGUCAGGAGAGAAGGUUGCGGUGCGCGGAGGCUGCGGGGACGCAGGCCUCGGCGGGUCGCAGGCCUCGGCAGGUCGCGGGAGUUUGGCGCCUAUUUUUUGUUGCUCGGGUGUUCUCGCCCGUGAUUGGGCCGCGGCGCGGCGUCCGGGUGCGCGGGUUGCGGCGGCUCCGUCGACCCUGGCUGGGCCUGGGCGGCGCCGAGCGCGGCUGGCCUCCCUGGGGAUGGGCCACCAGGAGUCCCCGCUGACCCGGGCGGCGGCUGGCGGCGCGGCUUAUGUAAAGCGGUUAUGUAAAGGGCUCAGCUGGCGCGAACACGUGGAAGGCCACGGGAACCUGGGAGCCCGGGCCUCCUCCGCGAGGGCCGCCGCCGCCGCCGCCGCGGGCCCACAGCCUGUCGCCCGCCCGGCCCGGGCCACCUCCUCCCGCGCCGCUCGGUCCCGGGGGCGGCCCCGGCUCGGAGCGGACCAUUUCCCGGCGAGGGCUCCCGGAGGCAAACGCGCCGCCCGGAAGUGGAGCGGCGCCGGCCAGGUAAGGGCUAGCCGCGAAGCCCAAGCUACCCGCCGCUCCCGCGGCGCCGGGGCGGGCACCGGGGUCCUCGGUGCGUCGCGCUGCGCGAGGUGGAACUUUCAGCCAAUCUCCUCUACCCGCUACCCUGGGGGACUUGGGUCGGCCCGUCGGGCUCCGCAGUGGCUUAAUUCAAUGGACUGUUUACACCCGGAGGACGUCACAAUCCAAGGUCCCGCUCCUCCGCGUGCCGGGGCCGGACGAAGGGAUGAGGCAGUGGGGACCCGGGCAGCACCGUUGCUGCUCCCCCCGCCGCCCGCAGCCAUGGAAACGGGGGAGGACGACGGCGCCCGUCGAGGUACACAAAGCCCGGAGCGGAAAAGGCGAAGCCCAGCGCGCAGGGCGCCCAGCGCGAAGCUGAGGCCGGCGGCUGCGGCCCAGGCAAUGGAUCCAGUGGUGGCCGAGGCCCCGGGCGAGGCCUACCUGGAGGGGCGGCGGCCCGAGGGUGGCAGCGGGUCUACGCCUCCCCGCUACAGCCUGUUGGCGGAGAUCGGGCGCGGCAGUUACGGCGUGGUUUACGAGGCAGUGGCCGGGCGCAGCGGGGCCCGGGUGGCGGUCAAGAAGAUCCGCUGCGAUGCCCCCGAGAACGUGGAGCUGGCGUUGGCCGAAUUUUGGGCCCUGACCAGCCUCAAGCGGCGCCACCAGAAUGUCGUACAGUUUGAGGAGUGCGUCCUGCAGCGCAACGGGCUCGCCCAGCGCAUGAGCCACGGCAACAAGAGCUCGCAGCUUUACCUGCGCCUGGUGGAGACCUCGCUCAAAGGAGAAAGGAUCCUGGGCUACGCUGAAGAGCCCUGCUAUCUCUGGUUUGUCAUGGAAUUCUGUGAAGGUGGAGACCUGAAUCAGUACGUCCUGUCCCGGAGGCCAGACCCAGCCACCAACAAAAGCUUCAUGCUACAGCUCACGAGCGCCAUUGCCUUUCUGCACAAAAACCACAUCGUGCACAGGGACCUAAAGCCAGACAACAUCCUCAUCACAGAGCGGUCUGGCACCCCCAUCCUCAAAGUGGCAGACUUUGGACUGAGCAAAGUCUGUGCUGGGCUGGCACCUCGAGGCAAAGAGGGCAAUCAAGACAACAAAAAUGUGAAUGUGAAUAAGUACUGGCUGUCCUCAGCCUGUGGUUCAGACUUCUACAUGGCCCCUGAGGUCUGGGAGGGACACUACACAGCCAAGGCGGACAUCUUUGCCCUGGGUAUUAUCAUCUGGGCAAUGAUAGAGAGAAUCACUUUCAUUGACUCUGAGACCAAGAAAGAGCUCCUGGGGACCUACAUUAAACAGGGAACUGAGAUCGUACCUGUUGGUGAGGCACUGCUAGAAAACCCAAAGAUGGAGUUGCACAUCCCCCAGAAACGUAGGACUUCCAUGUCUGAGGGGAUCAAGCAGCUCUUGAAAGAUAUGUUAGCUGCUAACCCACAGGACCGGCCUGAUGCCUUUGAACUUGAAACCAGAAUGGACCGGGUCACAUGUGCUGCUUAAAAUUCAGGGCUGAACAUCUUGGGUGUUUUUAAACUAGGUUGAUCCCUCGGGACCCACAGUCUCAUCAUGUCUCACAAAGGACGGCAGAGGUACAGGUGGUGGCUUGACUGGUUGGCGAUCUCCCGACAGCUGGAUCUCCGGCAAUGUGAAGCUUUUGUUUGGGUCCUUACCCCCACCCCCAUCCCUGCUUUUAGUUUUGCCCCCCUCCUCUUUCAUUUUCAUUUUUUAAUUUAAACCAUCCAGACUUCUGAAGAGCAGAAAGCUAUGCUGUUGACAGGCACCAUUUCCUGAAAGAAAUUCAAUGUGGACAAAGCA